AUGGCGAGCCAGUUGCGCAGGAAGCCGAAUGCAUUUAAUCUUUUGCAUCAAAUGAACCUACUUCGCAAGUUCAACUCUUUGAAGGAUGGAGAAGAGGUCUGGGCAAAAGCGUGUGAGAUCUCAGAAGCCUAUGUCGUUGGCAAGGCGGAGUCACAGGCUGCACUCCACCUUUACAAUGACGUUUCUCCCAGGAUUGCAUUGCAACAUUCAAUGGCCAAGUUCUUGACUCAUGAGAGCAUAGCUGCGGGCGCUUGGAACCAGAACUAUUGCAGUGCCACAGACACAAUGCAAGCCUGGCAAGAAACCCUGGCCAACACCGAGCAGAUUCUGGACAUGACGGUCGACCGGAUGUCUCGUGAUUGGUUAAGUUUGGCUCCAAAGAUGCGCAAAGCCUUCACCCUGAAGGAUGUUGAAUACUACCAACGCAGCAGUGCAAUUUUUCUGGCUUGCAUGAGCCGCUUCGAAUCUGAGUUCCCAAUUGACUUUGUGGAAAAGGAGCGCCCUCGCAUCAAACGGUUUGAUUUGAAACAUGGUGACGCAGAGCUGGUGGGAAUGCUGGAGGGAGCUCCGCCAGUUGAUUUGGAGCGGUGUGGGAUCUUUCGUACAGCCAUUGCAAAAUUUCAGAGACAGGCUGAGGACGAAAAGGUGAAGGCUUCUGAAGAGCUGGCCAAACGAAUGGCCGAGAUCACCAGUGAAAGCACCGAACUCAAGAUGAACAAUGAUUUUGCGCUUAUGGAGGGGUGGCUUGCUCGAGCCGCUGAUUUUGCAGCACGGCAGGGGGCGCUUGACAUGGCCUACUUGUCACGGCGCUGCGAAGAGGGGCGCAGGGCAGUCGCCGCACUUCAGGGCAAAACUCACAGGUACAAAGGGGUGCCAAGCCUAUCAGAUGCACAUGCAGACUUGCUGCAAUUUCAAUCUGACUGUGGUGGAACGCCAAGCUCUUCGUUGGACAUCACUGAUGUGAGCCUCACCUUCUGUGAUACCGGGCACGGUGGCGACAAGAGGAAACGCUUUGCAGCAGUGAGUAGCUUGCACAAGACCUUUGGUUUCAGCAAGAGCCGUGUCUUUUUGGGAGUUCUGGGUCCCAUCACCCGGGCUCGAGUUACAGAGUUGAUUUCGGACGAUGCUGACAGACCAUGUUCCCCUGCGCAUCGUGAGUCUUGA